UUUCAUACUAUAAACACAAUCUGUGUUUGACAAUUCGGUCUUUCACCUACAAACCAACUUGCAUUUUUCACUCAAUCGAGAAUUCAUUUCACGAACAAUUUUGAAGGAAAAUUAUCAAAUUUCCAGUUACAGUACAGCGUAAAACACGUAAAAUAUCCUCAAAAUGGUUCUGGAAAGUACAAUGAUAUGCGUUGAUAACAGCGACUACAUGCGAAACGGAGAUUUCGUGCCUACAAGACUCCAAGCUCAACAAGAUGCAGUGAAUUUAGUCUGCCAUUCAAAAACCAGGUCUAAUCCAGAGAAUAAUGUAGGAUUACUUACACUCGCAAAUGUGGAAGUUCUGGCAACUUUAACAAGUGAUGUCGGCAGAAUCUUGUCCAAAUUGCAUCAAGUAAACCCAAAUGGUGACAUUAAUCUGCACACAGGCAUCAGAAUUGCUCAUCUGGCGUUGAAACAUCGCCAAGGGAAGAACCACAAGAUGCGUAUCGUCGCGUUUGUCGGUAGUCCAGUCGCUGCUGAAGAGAAAGAACUGGUUAAAUUGGCUAAGAAGUUGAAAAAAGAGAAAGUCAACGUGGAUUUGAUCAGUUUCGGUGAGGAAACCAUCAAUACUGAUGUCCUCACUACUUUUGUCAACACUCUAAACGGAAAAGAUGGUACUGGUAGCCAUCUUGUAACUGUUCCACCAGGUCCCCAUCUAUCGGACGCUCUCAUUACUUCUCCGAUCAUCCAGGGUGAAGAUGGUACCGGUGGCGCGGGUCUUGGCACUUCCGGUUUCGAAUUCGGUGUCGAUCCGAAUGAAGACCCCGAAUUAGCUUUGGCAUUGCGUGUUUCCAUGGAGGAACAACGCCAGCGUCAAGAAAGUGACGCCGCUCGCGCAAAGCAAGCAUCUACAACGGAAAGCGUCCCAGCUGCUAUCAAAGAGGAACCAACCGAAGAAGCUCUCCUAGAGAGAGCCCUGGCUAUGUCCAUGGAAGAAGACGCUACUGAGCCGGUUGGUUCACACGCCAGCGUUGAUUUCGCUAACAUGACAGAAGAAGAACAAAUCGCGUUCGCUGUGCAGAUGUCUAUGCAGGAUACUCAAAAUGUUGAUGGUAUAGAAUCAUCGUCCACGUCGCAAGUAACUUCAAAGAAAAGCGAGGAAUCCAUGGAUGUGGAAGGCGAUGAAGACUAUUCUGAAGUGAUGAAUGACCCAGCGUUCCUGCAAAGUGUACUGGAGAAUCUGCCGGGUGUUGAUCCGCAGUCUGAGGCCAUUCGUCAAGCAGUGGGUAAUCUUGGCAAGGAUAAGAAGAAAGACGACAAGGAGGACAAAGCAGAGAAGAAAUAAAUCCAUUUUUUUUAUGAAAUCCAGUACUGAUCGUAUCUUAUCUGAAUAUUUGUGCUCCUUAAAUGGGAGCUUAUUACUUUACUUAUAAACUGCACUAAGAAUAUAUAGGGUGUAUGAUUUAUACAA